CUAUUCAAAAUAAUGUACUUGACAGUUGACAGUACGUCAACAUCCGUUGCUAUUGCUUCUUUCUCCUUUUCGUGUCUUUCUUUUUGCCUAUUGAAAUCGCCAAGAUGGUGAAUGUACCAAAACAACGUCGCACAUUUUGCAAGAAAUGCAAAGUACAUAAGUUACACAAAGUGACACAAUACAAAAAAUCCAAGGAGCGCAAAGGUGCCCAAGGUAGACGUCGUUACGAUCGGAAACAACAAGGUUUUGGUGGUCAAACGAAGCCUAUUUUCCGUAAGAAGGCUAAAACUACAAAAAAGAUUGUAUUGCGUAUGGAAUGCACUGAAUGCAAAUACCGCAAGCAGACACCUUUAAAACGUUGCAAACACUUCGAAUUGGGUGGCGACAAGAAGAGGAAGGGACAAAUGAUUCAAUUCUAAAUUGUCAUUCCCGCUUCAUUUAUAUACCUUAAGGAUUUUGUUUGUUUAUGUUACAUAUCCAAAAUUACGUGGAAUGUUACUAUUAUUUGCAUAUGUAAACUGGAAACAAUUGGCGAUUGUGGCAUUUACAAAUAAAUAUUUUUAAUUCUUUAA